GGAUUAUCCCAACAGCUCUGUGGAAAAUGUCCAGAAACAGUGAAAAGGCUCAGUCUUUAUUGUUCAAAUACCAGGAGUUCAAGGCAUUGGAGAAGGGAUACAUCAACAUCAAUCGAUUGAAGAGACCCAGAAAUGUCAAGUCUGUGAAAGAUCUAAAAUUGUCUGAAAAAUGGAGAAACCAAGUGCUAGGUGAAAUAUCCAGAAAAAUCACUUUGAUCCAGGAUGAAAUGCUAAGUGACUACCAGAUUCGAGACUUGAAUGACGAGAUAAACAAGUUAAUGAGAGAAAAACUUGCUUGGGAGUAUCAUAUAAAAGAAAUAGGUGGUCCAGACUACAUUCGAUUCUCCAAAAAACAGAACCAGAAUUACAGCAAUGAGUUUGUGAUAAGAGGCUACAGAUACUUUGGAAGAGCAAAGCAUUUGCCUGACGUCCAGGAAUUGAUCAAACAACAGGCCACAGAGAAACAGAGUAAUUUGAAGAUUUUUGAGAACGAAAAAUCAAACAAAAAAUUGAUAUAUGAACGACUAAAUAGAAUCGACGCUGAGUACUAUGGGUUAUAUGAACAUGAUGUAAAUAGCGAGAUUGCAUAUUCAAUAAAUAAAAACCAGAAAAACAUUUACGAUCAAAUACUGGAUAUUCUAGGCAGCGAAUAUAUUGCCAAUGAUAACAAGUACAAAAUAAUGCAAGAGAACAAUUUGAAAAUAUCAGAUUCUUUAGAAAAUCUUGAUUUGAAUGACCAUACCAAUCCCGAUGGCAAGAACUUUUAUAAUGAUGAAUUGCUCAAUGCUGAAGAUGACUUGUCUAAAAAGUUGUUCCUAAAACUUAAAAAUAACUACAAUUCCAACGAUAAAUUGAUAAAUAAUUCCGAUGAUCUUUCAAUAAUAGACAUUGACAAUGAUGAGGACCCUCAUCAAGUGCCCACUCUUCAAGAAAUUGAAAAUUUUAUAUUGAAUAGAAAAAAAAAAUUAAUGAAAAUUGAAGUUAAUUCACGAUAAUACAUAUACUGCAUUAAUUACAAAAAAAAAUACUUUUAUUAAACCAUUGAAACCCAAA